UUGUAUUAUAAGAAGAUACAAAUACAAAAAAUGGCUUUAGCGCAAGCUGAUUCUACAAAUUAUAUAUCAAAAUUUGAUGGUAUUGUGGAAAAACUAGUUAUAUUGACAAAGAAGAAGAUUGAUGAAACGAAGUUGAUUAACAAUUACCUUUGUGAUCUUAAUAAUCUUGAUUAUCGAUAUUUAACAGGUUUGAAUAAUGAAACAUUACAGUUGCUGAUUAAACAAUUGUGUUUUAUCAUUACGCCCGCAGAAACAGAUUUGAUUCAAAAUUUUUGUAAACUAUUAGUUAAUAUAACUCAAAACAAUAUUGAACUUCAGAAACAAACAUUUUUAUACUCCAGGGAAUGGAUUGUAAAAAUUUGUAAAUCUGCUUUACCAAUUACACAUAAUAAUAUAAUUUUGGCUCUAAAAAAUUUAUUAACAAAUGAACAAUUUGAUAAUAUUAAUCAUUAUUUGAAAUUGUUAAUUGAAGAUAAUCAGUUAUUAAAAAGAUAUUUGAAUCCAUCUAAUACACAAUGGUCUGAAAUUCAUUACAAUACAAUUAGUUGCUUAGAAGCAAUUUUAAUGAGUUGCAAUAGUACUUUUAUAACAAAAAAACUGAUAUAUAUCAUUAAAGAUAUUGCACUAGAUAUUGUUUCUUUUUCCUUAUAUUUAAAUGACAAUAAAUAUUACUAUACCAAAGUAUUAUAUUCAUGCUUACGUAUUCUGCAAAUAAUAACAGUUAAUGCACUAUUACCACAUACUGUUGACUUUAUGGGUGAAAUUUUAGGAGUGGUGCAAUCAUUUUUAUUUUAUGGUCUUAAAGACUAUCCUUCUAUAAAACCACAAUUUCUUCGUCCAGCAGUAAUGAACCUUCCAGAGCGAAUUCAUACAGUUCCUAAGUGUAAAAAUUUGAAGAAUCACAAGGCAAAAGUAAGAAAACAACCUAUUAAAAAGGUUGCUACUGAAGUAAAAAAUAACAUUGUAUCAGAAUGUAAAGGAAUUGGUCUCUAUUCAAGUGAUUCAGAUACCUCAGAUACUGAAAGUAAUAAUUCUGUUUUUAUGGAGUCUAAAGUAAGACUAGAAUCUGUACGAUUACUACAAGCACUUAUUGAAAAUUCACCAAAUCGUGAAAUAUUUGGAUUUUGGCCACAAAUUGUUGCCACAGGGACACGAAAUGAUGCUAGAGUAUUGACUAGAAGCGUUUUAAAAGAAUCUGUAUCUAAAGUGAAACAACAUAUAUUAAGCACAUUAACAGAAUUAUUGAUAGAUGCUAAAUCUUUUUUAAUGCACGCAGAAGAUGUUCAUCAUACGUCUUUUAUUACCUUUUUUGGUACAGUCUGUUUAAUGAUAAAAGAAUUGCAUUUUACAUUAUCUUUGAUCUUAAGUGGUGAAACAAAUGUAGCUGUUUUAACCCAUGGCUUAAAAUGCGCUGCUGCUUUAGUUCAAGGUACACCAUAUGCGCGUUUGAAGGCAGGACUCGCUACAAAAUUAGUGAGAAAUUGUAGGCCAUACAUAUUUCACAAAGAUCCAACAGUUCGUGUUGCUGCACUGUCAGUUUUUGAAGCUGUUGCUUCCUGUGAUCCAGUAACUCCAGAAAUAUUUGAAAUACUUGCAAAACAAUCUACUACAAAUGUAGGAUCGGAUCAACUAUCUUUGAAUAUUUCACUUAGUGACAAUACAGAAGAAGAUGAAGAAGGAGAAGAAGAAAUAGAUGUUGAAGAUCUCAAAAAUAAUUUGAUAAAUGAGUACAACAAUAAAUUAUUCAGAGAAACAAAUAUCUGUUUUCUAAUUCAUGUUUGUUUAGAAAACAUAUCAAAUAAGACGAUGAGUACACCUGUUCGUCUUCAAUCGUUAAAAUUAAUUGGUAGAAUGGCAUUUAGUACUGGAAGUCUUGUAUUUCCACAUACAGACUUAAUUACAAUGACUUUAAUAGGAGUUGUACAAGAUUCUGAAACACAAGUAAUCUUACAUGCUUGUCGAGCUCUAGAAAUUAUGGCUGGCUGCUUUAUGAACACUGAUUCAGAGGAUAAAAAUGCUGUAAUAUUUUGGAAUAUUAUAUUUGAUCCUAUGACAUCACUUCUUCAACAUCCACAAACAAUAAUAAGAGAAGCUGCAUGUGAUUGUUUAGGCAGUAUUAACUCUACUAUAUUUGCCCAACUUCAAAGACAAAAAGUAGUAUUAAUUAUUACAAUACUGUUUGGUGCAAUACAUGAUAAAGAAAGUGCAGUAAGAGCUGCUGGGUUACGAGCAUUAGGAAUGUUAGUCACAUUACCAGCAUUAAAAGAAGAAAGUGGAUUUUUAAUGGAUUUAGCUGAUAUAGUUUGUUUAACUGCUGAUGAUAAAAAUCUGGGUGUUCGUAUUAAGGGAGCUUGGGCGUUAGCUAAUUUGUGUAAUUGUCUUACUAAAGAAAAAAAUCACGAAGAAGUAGAACCUAUUCCUUUAGAAGUGUUAUUGCCAAAAAUUUAUCAAGUCAGUAUUAAAGCAUCUAAAGACAAUGAUAAAGUAAAAUGCAAUGCUGUUCGAGCUCUUGGAAGUAUACUGUACUUAUGUCCGAAUAAAAAUAUACUGAAAGACACAUCAUCAGGUUUAGAGGCUCUUAUAAAUUGUGCUACUAUAGGAAACGAUAUGAAGGAUCAAGUAUUUCCUGUAUUAUGUAACUUAAUUUGCAAUAGCCCGAACUUCAAAGUGCGUACUAAUGCAGCAUGGGCAUUAUAUACCUGCAAUUCGUAUGGAAAAUAUAUUGUAACUUUAUGGAAGACUCUUAUCUUAGCAUUUGAAAAUUCUCAGCAUGUACCGAGUUAUAUUGAAUAUCCUCACCGUGAUGCUCUUAUUCAACAAUUGUGCCUUACUCUUAGCCAUAUAGCUGCAUGUACAGAGAUGUCAGAUUUACAAAAUCUUUGGACAGAGAUAAGUGAACAUGUAGAUGAUAUUUCUAACUAUGUAAAGCAAUUUCAGGAAAUUAUUAUUCCUGAAAAAAUGGGAGAUUUAAUAAAGGCAAAAUCUCAAUUAGAAAAAUAUGUGAAAAAUGCUUCGUUAUUAGAAGAACGAAAAAUUGCCCAAACUUUAGCAAAUAUUUUUGAAAGAACUAAGAGAUAUGAUAAUUUAGAUGGUAUUGCUUUUAUUACUAAAAAGUAA